AGACAUGCAACCCUGCAUCAAAGCGCAAUUUUGCUAAUUUCUGCAGCUAACAACAAAUACUAAGAAACGCUAGAUUGUAAUUUAUUUAUUUCAGUAAAUAUAUCUGUUAGGAAAGCGAAAAUCAAGCGAAAUGAGCGAAGAAGUGGACGCCGAAGAUGUGCUGCGUAUAAUGGUGGCGACGGAUAAUCAUCUGGGCUAUGCCGAAAAGAAUGCGGUGCGCGGGGAAGACAGCUUCAUUGCUUUUGAGGAAAUACUCGAAAUGGCAGUGCAGGAAGAUGUUGAUUUCAUCUUGCUCGGUGGUGACCUAUUUCAUGAUGCCGUACCAAGUCAGAACACGCUACACAACUGCAUGAAGCUGCUUCGGCGUUACACCUUUGGUGACAAACCUAUUAACAUUGAAGUGCUCAGCGAUCAGUCGAUAAAUUUCCAUAAUGCAGCUAAUGACACUGUCAAUUAUGAGGAUCCUAAUUUGAAUGUAGCCAUACCUGUAUUUUCUAUACAUGGCAACCACGAUGAUCCCAGCGGUUUUGGGCGUCUUAGUUCUCUUGAUUUACUCUCAACCACUGGUUUGGUCAACUACUUUGGUCGCUGGACUGAUCUUACUAAAGUAACUAUUAAUCCGGUAUUGUUGCGUAAAGGUCAAACACAAUUAGCGCUGUAUGGGCUGAGUCACAUACAUGAUGCGCGUUUGCGACGACUGUUCGAAGAUUUCAAAGUCAGCAUAGAGUGCCCUAGUUCUGAGGAGGGUGAAUGGUUCCAUUUAAUGGUGCUGCAUCAGAAUCACGCUGAUCGUGGUCCAAAAAGUAAUAUACCAGAAGAACUGCUACCCGAUUUCUUGCAUUUAAUUGUUUGGGGACAUGAACACGAUUGCCAUAUUGAACCACAGUUCAAUGCGAAACGUAACUUUUACGUUAGCCAACCUGGUUCAUCUGUUGCGACGUCAUUAGCUGAAGGCGAGGCGCUUAAGAAACACGUGGGGCUAUUAGAAAUACAUAAAACACGCUUUCAAAUGAAACCGUUACCAUUGCAAACUAUUCGUCCAUUUGUAUUCGAUUCGGUUGAUUUAUCGCAAAUGAUCGAAGAACUAAAGUUGGACGAAGGAGAUGUAACAAACAAAGUAAUAGCUAUGGCAAAGGAGCGUGUAGAAGAAAUGAUAGCUAAGGCAAAGGAACAAUUAACUGGUCAUCCCAAGCAACCGACAUUGCCGCUUAUCCGACUACGCAUUAUAUUUUCUAAUGAGGAGCAGAUGUUCAAUGCUAUACGUUUCGGUCAGUCGUACAAUGAGCAGGUGGCUAAUCCCGCAGAUAUGAUACAUUUCAAAAAGUUGAUUCGACGCGUUAAAGGGGAGUAUUCCGAUGCAGACAAAGAUGCAAUACGUGGUGCCUUAGAUGACAUACAAAUUGAUACAAACAGUGAAAUGAAAAUUGAGAAUUUCAUUGAGAGUUAUUUUAAAGAGAUACCUGCCAAGCGCCAGCUCAAGGUGCUGACUCCAAAAAUAUUGUCGGAGAUUUGCAAUCGGCUUGUCGAAAAGGGCGAUGUGAACGCAGCUGAGGGAAUUAUCAAACAUUGUAAAGAAAGCGCUUUAGACCAUUUAAUGGAAACCCUCCCAGCCGAUGAUGAGGUCGAAGAAUCCCUAGAAGCAUUCAAUCAAAAAUUAUCACUCGAUGAUAUAAUAAACCGCCUAGACAAUCAAGGGGCGAAGGUGAAAGCCAAUACAAGCAGUGUCACAAUCGGAAGGAGUAGACAACCCACGAGAGGUUCAAAUACGUACAUUGAGCAAAACGAAGAUGAAAGCGAUAGUGAUGUUGAACCGCUUGCAAAAAAAGUUACGAAAAAGCAAACCACAAGCAAAGCACAAAACUUGUACUUUAAUGACAGCGAUGGUAGUGAUAUGGAAGCGGCGCCAGCGCCCUCUAAAGCAGCUACACGUGACCGUAAAACAGCCAAAGCUGAGACUAGUGCCAAAACAACUGCUGGUCGCGGUCGUGGUAGAGGACGAGGGCGCGGCACAGCAGCUGCGCCAACACGCUCCACACGUCAGGCAUUGAACGUCUCGGUGAACUCGUCGCGUUCCACUCUAUUGGAAUCAUUGGCAAAUGCACGUGCCAAGCGUGGUCCUAAAACUGCGCAAGUUAUUGACAUUUCCGAUUCGGAGUAAAUUUUUUUUCUGUAUUAUUUCAAGCAAAAUGAUUUGCUAUCUAGUAUAAGUUACACACCCAUAAAUGUAUACAAUUUCCAGUUAGACCUUACUUAAUUUUGGCCCGAUGGACGGGAAGAUAUAUAAUACAGGGUGGCUGAUGAAUUUUGCUACAUUAAGAAACUCAAAUAACUUUUUUUUUAGUGUAUGGAAUUCAUUUAUUUUUUUUUUCAAGUUGAAGGUCAUUAAAUUUUAUUAAAUGUAGCUUAACUAGUUUUAAAAAUAAUUGAAUUUAAAUGCCCCCAUGCUCGUUGACACAAGUGCGGCAUCUUAGUAAAAAGUUGUUCAUUGCUGCUUUGAGAGUUACGACAGGAAUAGCCGCAAUUGUUGCCCGAAUGGAUUGUUUUAGUUCAUCCAAAUUUGUUGGCUUUGUUUUAUAAACUUCUUGUUUACAUAAACCCCACAAGAAAAAGUCAGGUGCAGUAAGGUCAGGCGACCUGGGGGGCCAACGAAAUUCGGAGUUUCUUGAAAUCAGUUUAUUGGGAAAUUUUCGUCGCAACUCUGUCAUAACAGUCUGGGCUAUGUGAGACGUUGCCCCAUCUUCUUGAAACCACACAGAGUUGAAAGGAAUUCUCUUUCGGCGUAGUUCUGGAUAGAAAACUUCUUUCAGCAUUUUCAAAUAACGGUCUCCAGUAACCGUAACGGUGUGACCAUUUUCUUCAAAAAAAUAAGGCCCGACAAUACAGCGUGAAGAAACCGCACACCACACUGUCACGCGAAGAGGAUGCAAUUCCGUCUCGUGGAGUAUCUGUGGGUUAGAAGUACUCCAUAUUCGACAAUUUUGUUUGUUCACAUUGCCGUUUAAAUCGAAAUGGGCCUCAUCAGACAUGAAAAGGCAGUUUAACAUGUUUUGGUCUUCUUCCACCAUUUGCAGGAUCUUCUGGCAAAAUUCCAAGCGAAUCGGCAAGUCUGCUGCAUGCAGUUUGUUAACCAUUUGAAUUUUGUAGGGAAAUAAGUCUAAAUCUUUGUGCAUUAUUGUUUGCAAAGACCGUCGGCUGACACCAAGUUGAGCAGAUAAGCUUCUUGUUGAAACCCUUGGAUUGCUUUGUAUAGCUGCAGCUACAGCAGCGAUCGUUUCCUCCAUCCGAACUGGUGGGUUUCGAUGAUAAGGCCUUCUUGCGACUGUUCCUUGUUCAGCAAAAUUAUUCACCAGUCUCAUUAUGGUCCAUCUGCUCAGGGGAUCGCCGCCAAACAUCCGCCUGUACUCUCUCUGUACCAAAACUACGGACUCCAGUGCGUGAUAGCGGCGGACUAUCCAAAUUCUUGUUUGCGUGUCCCAGUUAUCCAUUUUAAUAAAUUUUAAAGAUCAAUCUGCAAAUUAAAACAAAAAUGGAACAGAUAACUUAAAAAGAAAAAAAGUUAUUCAAUUUUUUUUUGGUAGCGGCUUUCAUCAGCCACCCUGUAUUUAAGCAGUUAUGAUUUUGUAUGCCAGUUGUGUCUCUUUGUUCCGCUGUUAAUCGCCAAUUCUAAUUUUUCCAAAUAAAUAUUAAGUCCAUUUGUUAUUUAAUUUUGUGUUACAUUAUAUUUAUAAACUGAAUCAAUAUUAAAUAAUUGGAAUAAUAACCCUCA